GUAACGAUCUAAAAUCUUGAGUACCUUUCCGUAAUUAUCACAUUAUUUUCUCUGGUUGAUUAUUUCAGUCCCAGUGAGCGAAUCUUAUCAAAAACUCAAAACUCAAAAAUUAUCCGAUCUGAUUCUAUGGCGGAGACAUUCAAGAUCCGAAGACUAGAGAUCUCCGAUAAGAGAAAAGGAUUCAUCGAGCUUCUAGGUCAACUCACCGUCACCGGAUCAGUAACCGACGAAGAAUUCGAUCGGCGAUUCGAAGAAAUCAGAUCGUACGGAGAAGAUCACGUGAUCUGCGUGAUCGAAGAAGAAACUUCGGGAAAAAUCGCUGCAACGGGAAGUGUGAUGAUAGAGAAGAAGUUUUUGAGGAAUUGUGGGAAAGUUGGGCACAUUGAAGAUGUUGUUGUGGAUUCAAGGUUUCGCGGGAAACAGUUGGGGAAGAAAGUGGUGGAGUUUCUUGUGGAUCAUAGCAAAUCAAUGGGUUGCUAUAAGGUGAUUCUUGAUUGUAGUGUGGAGAAUAAAGUGUUUUAUGAGAAAUGUGGGAUGAUCAAUAAAUCGAUUCAGAUGUCUAAGUACUUUGUUUGAUGAUGAUGAUCUUUUGUUUUCUUGUCUUUAGAAAGAAGAAUCUCAGAUUUGUUCGAUUUACUUAUCUAAAAUGGUAGAAAUUUCGUCA